UGGGAAAUGGUCUUCAGUGAUCUUACAUCAAGGACUGUGCACCUUUAUGAUGAAUGGAUCAAAGAUGCCGAUCCCAGGGUGGGAGACUGGCCACUCAUGUCUUCUCCUCUACCACAGACCCUUAUCCUUGGAGUCUAUAUCUACUUUGUCACAUCUCUGGGACCAAAGCUCAUGGAAAAUCGCAAGCCCUUUGACCUUAAGAAAUUGAUGGUUACAUAUAAUUUUCUAAUAGUGCUCUUUUCUCUAUAUAUGUUUUAUGAGUUCAUGAUGUCUGGCUGGGGUGUAGGCUAUUCAUAUAGAUGUGACAUUGUUGACUAUUCCAGAUCACCUGUAGCUCUAAGGAUGGCAUGGACCUGCUGGCUUUAUUACUUCUCCAAGUUCAUUGAACUAAUAGACACUAUCUUUUUUGUUCUGCGUAAGAAAAAUAGCCAAGUUACUUUCCUGCAUGUCUUCCAUCACACCAUCAUGCCAUGGACCUGGUGGUUUGGAGUCAAAUUUGCUGCAGGUGGUUUGGGAACAUUCCAUGCCUUGUUGAACACAGCUGUCCAUGUAGUCAUGUACACCUACUAUGGAUUGUGUGCAAUGGGACCAGAAUACCAGAAAUAUUUGUGGUGGAAAAAAUACUUGACAACACUACAGCUUGUUCAAUUUGUUAUGGUGACAGUCCAUAUAGGACAGUCUUUCCUUGCAAAGGAUUGCCCAUACCAAUAUCCAAUAUUCCAGUACAUCAUCAUGUCCUAUGGGUGUAUCUUCCUGUUUUUAUUUGCCCACUUUUGGUACCGUGCUUAUACCAAGGGCCAAAGACUUCCCAAAACUGUGAAAAAUGGAAUCUGCAAAAGCAAAGAUAACUGA